GGGGUUAGUUCAACAGGGUUAACCCCUCAGUUGCUUUCUGUGUGGGUGGGAACACAAAAACAACUCCUAAGAAACAUUUACACGGAAUUUCUACGCUACGAUAAAAAUAGAUUAGGGUGAAAGUUACCCCUUUUAUGCCGACACGACGCCAAUAAUUCCCGUGAAACCACACUAACAAUUUGGGGCUGAUUUAUACUACAGGCUACCUGCUUUACUGAGGCCAUCGCAGGUCACGUGUUAUUGUUUGGAGCAGGAAACGGGCACCUCCUGGCUGGCUCACCGAGGCAAGUCCCCAUUUAUAGAUGCCUUACGUUUGUGUUCAGUCUAACAAUGAGGAGGAACGUGUCUCCGGUGAUGAUGGAGCGCAGUCGCCUGUAUGCGUACAAGUGGAGCAAUGCCGUCGGACAAGCAUCCAGCUGCUGCUAGCUUGUAGCUGUAGCUCAGCGUCCUUCCAGCCGGAGGGGAACGAGGAGCUAACCAGAGUUAGCAGUUGGCGGAUUGGCUAACUACUGUCAUCCUCCCGAGUUGACGGUCGUCGUCCCAAGGCUGUUCCUGGACCUAGACACUCAUUUUGUGUAACGUUUACAGGCAAAAUGGAGUUGUUCCAAGCCAAAAACGAUUAUAUUCUUCAGGACGGGGACCGCGCUCUUUGGUGUAGCCGAAAAGACGGUACCAUGACAGUUAAACCUGCAACAGACCUGCUGCUUGCUUGGAACCCGGUAUGCCUUGGCCUGGUGGAAGGCAUCAUCGGAAAGAUACAGCUUCACACAGAUCUUCCUCUUGGGCUUGUAUUAAUCCGCCAGAAAGCGCUUGUUGGCCAUUUGCCAGGCAACCACAAAGUCUACAAGAUCAUCAAGAUAGCCGUCAUUCCUCUGUCUGAUGAAGAGCCACAGGAGCUGGAGUUGGAGCUCUGCAAAAAGCAUCACUUUGGAAUUGACAAAUCAGAGAAACUGGUUCAGUCCCCAGAUGAGUCCAAGUUUUUAAUGAAAACCUUUAGCCAGAUAAAAUCGAAUGUGGCCGUUCCCAUUAAGAAAAAGGUAAAGGAGAACAAAGAGAAGGAACGUCUAGAGAGGCGGCUGCUUGAUGAGUUAUACAAAAUAUUCAUGGAUUCGGAUUCCUUCUACUAUAGCCCCACUUAUGACCUCACAAACACGGUGCAGCGCCAAGGAGACUUGCAAAGGUCUAAUUUACCGCUUUGGAAACAGGUGGACGACCGGUUCUUCUGGAACAAACACAUGAUUCAAGAUCUUAUAGACCUACAGACCCCUGAGGUAGACUUCUGGGUGAUGCCCAUCAUCCAGGGCUUUGUCCAAGUUGAAGAACUUGUAGUGAAUUACAACGAGACGUCUGAUGAAGAGCGGAGCAGUCCUGAAACUUCACCGCAGGAGGUGACCUGUGUUGACGACAUACAUCCCCGCUUCACUGUUGCUCUCAUCUCCAGACGUAGCCGCCAUCGUGCAGGGAUGCGGUACAAACGGCGAGGAGUGGAUUCAGACGGCCAUGUGGCUAACUAUGUGGAGACAGAGCAGUUGAUCCACGUGCACAGCCACACUUUGUCGUUUGUGCUGACCCGUGGAUCCGUGCCUGUCUUCUGGAGUCAGGCAGGAUACCGCUACAAUCCCCGGCCACGCUUGGAGAAAGAAGAGAAGGAGACCAUGCCAUACUUUGCUGCCCAUUUUGAAGAGCAGCUAAAACUCUACAAGAAAGAGGUCAUCAUUAACUUAGUUGACCAAAGUGGACGAGAGAAGUUGAUAGGUGAUGCCUAUCUAAAGCAAGUGCUUCUUUACAACAAUCCAAAUCUCACCUACGUGUCAUUUGAUUUCCAUGAGCACUGUCGAGGGAUGAAAUUCGAAAAUGUGCAAAUACUAACUGAUGCCAUCUUUGACAUCAUCACUGACAUGAAAUGGGCCUGGGUGGACCAAGCUGGAGUCAUCUGCAAGCAAGAGGGAAUCUUCCGAGUCAAUUGCAUGGAUUGUCUGGACAGGACCAAUGUAGUCCAGGCUGCCAUUGCUAGGGUGGUUAUGGAACAGCAGCUAAAGAAGUUGGGUGUAAUGCCUCCAGAGCAGCCCCUGCCUCUCAAAUGUUACAGGAUCUAUCAAAUAAUGUGGGCUAACAAUGGUGACACCAUCAGCAGACAGUACGCUGGCACAGCAGCACUUAAGGGAGAUUUUACGAGGACAGGUGAGAGGAAACUGGCUGGCGUGAUGAAGGAUGGAGUGAACUCUGCCAACCGCUACUAUUUGAACCGCUUCAGAGAUGCUUAUAGACAAGCCGUAAUUGACCUCAUGAUGGGUCUUCCAGUGACUGAAGACCUCUACUCAAUUUUCAGUAAGGAGAAGGAGCAUGAAGCGAAAGAGCAGGAAAGCCAAAGAGGAGCUCAGGAGCAAGUCAGCCUCCUAUUGCAGACAUACAUGCAGCUUCUCUUGCUCGAUGAUGAGAGGUUUCACGGUGGUUGGGCUCUCAUUAACUGUGAUAUGAGCCUUGUUGAUGCCACUAAUAAAGAUGUGGAUGUACUUCUGCUUCUGUCCGACAAAGCCUACUACAUUGCUUACUAUGACGAAGAGGCAGAUAAAGUCAACCAGUACCAGCGUCUCAACUUAGAGGGUUUGGAAAAAAUCGAAAUUGGUCCAGAACCGACACUGUUUGGCAAGCCAAAGUUCUGUUGUAUGCGGCUGCAUUACAGAAGUGAAGAAACGAGUGGAUACUUUCACACAUUACGAGCUGCCAGCCGAAACCCUGAGGAUGAUGGAAAAGAUACACUACAAUGCAUUGCUGAAAUGCUUCGCAUUACAAAACAGGCCAGGGGGCUGGACCUACUGGUGGUUGAAAAGAAGCUCGAGAGGCGCCAAAGCAGACCUCAUGAAGAUAUUAUGGGGAUUCAGAACAAAACAUGUGAGCAGGCGCAAGGCACUUCUGGUCUGGCUCAAGGCAAAAGUUUCCUCCUCAAUAAGUUCUCUUCUCUAAAUCAGAAAGUAAAGCAGACCAAAACGAGCGUGAACAUCAGCACCUUCAAGCCCCUCGGGAAGCUGGGAAAUUUCUCUAAGCCUGAAGUCAAAGUUAAUUUCCUGAAGCCAACUAUGCACGUGAAUCUGUGGAAGUCAGACAGCAGCUUGGACACAUCAGAUGGGAAACCUGGCACAGGAGCCUCAAAAGAUAUCAGUGAUGUGAAUUUUGAUAUUUCUGAUGACUCUGACUCUUAUAAUUCUGAUCCAGAGCACCCGUGCGCCAGCUCCUUUGAGAAUGUGGACUAUGUGCUUCCCAGCUGUGGUAUCGUUGCAUCCAACCCAAGACUGGGCAGUCGCUCCCAGUCCAUCGGUAGCGUGGAGCUAAAUGUUCCCUCUGUUAGCCAGGUCAGUGGCGGUGAAGGACAGCAGGACAGUGCUUCUCGGGUCUGUGAAGACAAGUCCCCAGGGGCUGCCUCAGUGGCUGAAGAAGCCAUCCUAAUAGACUUCGGCACUCCCUUCGAUGCCUACUGCCAGCAGUUUGUCCAGGACGCACAGACCAAACCCGUCGAGGUCUUUGGAGAGCGCCCGCCCACGUCUGCCCAUCCACUCAAGCCCACAGUGCCUGUGCUGAAUAAAAGCCUGGCAGACCCCAAGCAGCCAAGCACAAAGCCACAGCAUCAGCAAGAGGAGUUGAACCUCCCCAGGCCAUCCCAGCUUGACGUCCAGGCUACUACCUCCGCUUCCAACCUCAGCAUCCAGAGGCCCACCUCUGCCCUUUCAGGUGGCUCGCAACGGAGUCUGGGCUCACAACUGGAGAGCAGCCUCGCCCCUUCGCCCGCUGACAGUAACGGCAGCCGGGUCGUGUCUCCCUUUGCCAAGAUCAGGAGCUCCAUGGUCCAGGUGGCCAGCCUCACCCAGGCGGGGCUCACUCAGGGUAUCAACUUUGCUGUGGCGAAGGUGCACAAAAGCCCCGAGCCAGAUACCGUCAAUGAGGCUCAGGACAAUGAGUGGAAGGCAAUGUUUACGCAGUGCCAGACCAGGAUCAUUCAGAUCUAGUGCUUUGCUUGUUGUGGCAUUUUUGGAGGACGUUAUGUAGAAACGUGUUUUGAACUAGUAGUAGCAACGGCUUGUCCUAAGCCUCGUUCCUUGGCCGACAUAUGUGCCCUCAGUUAUGUAUGCCCUUUAGUCCCAAGUUGACAGUGUUGCAAAGAGAGACCUAGACGUAUAGCCAGUCCUAACAUGUGGCAGUGAAUGUUUACAUCCACACAAGAACAUUUUGCACAUUAUGUUCGCAAAUCUACAAAUGCAUGUCAUGUUAAUUUGUGAGGAUCUCAGUUGCCAUCAGUAUGGGAUAGCUCAACUUUUAAACUCACUCCUGAGAAUAUGUGCAAUUUAUUCUAUUCAAAAAGGUGAAAUCCUUGUUCCAGAAAAUUCACUUCCACUACUCCCGCAUCAGAGGCACAUUUUUGUAAAAAGAUGUGCAGCAGAAAUCCAAGCAAAUCCUUCUACAGAAGAAUUUCGCACAGAUGCUGUAUCUGUAAAUUAAGACUUUUUUUUUUUUUUAAAUCUUCAAUGAGAUUCAACUUAAUUGACGUUUGAGUGGCUAUUCCAGGAGAAAAGCUACAGUAUAAGUAGGCAGAUUUUAAUUUGGAGAUCUUAUGUAAUUUGAAUGAUGUGCAGUUUAUCGUUCAUGUAAACAUGUCACUGUCUCCAAUUGAUUUUAAUGCUUGGAUGACAGGUUGGUGCUAAUGGCCGACUUUGACAUGGCAGAUUAUUAUUUGCUGCAUGGUGACAGACCAACUCUGGAUUGAAAAUGUACUACAUGGUAUGUGCGGGCCACCUAUUGCUAUUUGUGAUAGAUAUUAAUACCUUUUUGUAACAGCUGUCUGAGUGUCUUACCAGAUAACGUGUGGACCCAAAAUGAUGUUCUAGUGUUAUUAGACUUUGUAGAGAAGUCAGAAACUAACAACAACAAACCAUACGUAGUUAGCCUUUGUAACGGUGUUGACUCCACAAGACCUUAGUAAGUGUAGUUUUGAUUUUUUUGUAUGGAUGGUUGGGUGGCAGCUAAAUGGAGAUAAGCGUGUGUGUGUAUGUAUAUAAUAUAUGUGUAAAUAAUUUCAAAAGUUGUAUCAUGAAUACGAAAGGUGUCUUUGAAUGGUUUGGCUGAUUCACUGGAAUUUGAACUCACAUUAUAGAUUAUUGUAGUUGUCCAAGACAGCGGAGUAGCACAUUGUAGGUAUGUAUGCAAAUUCACCAGUUUAAUUAGAUAGUCACACUCCUAAAAUGGAAAGCUUACUUGCCUUAAUGGGGAAUUAAAGUGGGAGUGUAUUUGUAUAUCAGGUAUUUAUGGUUAAGAGCUACAUUUCAAUCUGUUCUUUCAUGUGACAUGUGUACUGUAUAAAAAAGAAUGUUCAGGGUUUCAUCUUGGAUAUUUUAUCAGCUGACACUUUCAUUCCUUAUUUUGAGGCACACGGCAGGUUUAUAGGGGUGCUCUUUAAAAUGAUGUUAUGUCUGCAAUCUUGAAGGUAAAAGCAUAUUUGAUAAAGAAUUCAAGAUGUUUUUCCAAUAUUUUUUUCAUGUUAAUGUCAUGAUCUGAGGGUUCACCUCAUUGCUUUAUGAUGUUAAAUUCAGCUACACAACUAGAUAUAGAAUUUGAGUCACCAUCAGUCAUGUAUUGAUUUCAAUCUUUCUACUUCUAAACUGAACCCUGCUAUAAUGUGGUGUGUUUAGAAAUGGAAUAUCCCAAGAAAAUUGCUCACGUUUCAUAUUUGUUAAAUUUGGCUGUUUCCUGCGGUCAGCUUGAUAAUUAACACACCAAGUGUGAUAGUUUUCUUUGUGGUUACUGAAUUAUUAUUUAGUGGAGUGGAGAUGCCAAAAGAUUUAAGAUAUUGCUGGAAGACAGUUUUCAUGCAAUUGUAUUGAAAUGAUGCAUUGGGAUAAGUGUAAAAACAAUAGGGCACCUCAACAUUCCUAAUAGAAACCCCAAUGUUUUAUAUAAGAGUUGGUGUUCAAUGUAAUCCUGCCAUGCUGGUUGAUAUUUUUGUCCUUUGAUUUUGACAAGUGCUUUAGCAAUCAUUAUUUUAUGUUUGUUGCACUUGUCCCGGCCCUCCCACAAGGACCCCACAGCACGACAUCAUCCAAAUAGGUCUUAAAGCAUUUAUUUAGCACUGUUUCACUAACUCAUCUGUUUGUGGGUGCACCUCUUUAUCAACCCUCUUCCAGUGUUGACAUUGUAUUAUAGUAUAUUAGUCUAUUUAUUCUCAUCCUCUUUGGGUGAUUUAAUGGCAAAGUGCAUUGUACACUUCAUGUCCACUAUUCCACUGGAAUAAAAAGCCUCGAGUG